CUCCAUUAUUCUGUCCGUUCCGGCCAUUUGAAAGAGACACAUCAUAUUUGUAAACACAAACAAAUUAAGGGUGCAAGAAAUUUUAUAGCAUAACCAUGCUCCUCAGAAACUUAGCAACUGAGCCACCGAACUCCAAGCCAUACCAGGGAGUACGAGUCAAAGAUCCUGUGAAGGAACUGCUGAGGAGAAAAAGAGGAAGCCACAACCCUAACAGCAUCAAAACAUCCCCCCCUACCGCUGUGGUGAUUCCAAACAGCAUUUUGCCAUCAUAUACUCAUGUUGGGCCUUCAGGUGUUGUGGAGGGUAGGCCCAGUGGUGUUGGUGGUGAUGUGGUGACGGAUGCUGGUGCUCUGUACCCUGGAUGGCUGGCCCAGCCUGCACCUCCCACCCUGCAACAGGUGAGCCACUGGGCGCCCUCGGACUACCUCCAGUCCGACACCGUCCCCAUCCCCGUCUCCUCCUCCGUCUUCUCCUCGGACAUGUACGUCCAGCAGGUCUGUCCGAGCUACACCAUGGUGGCACCGUCGUCCCUGCUGACCCUGACACACACGCCGCUCUUCACCAACAUGGCCAUAACUCCAACCUCAGCAGCAUUGCCGACGGUGGAUUUCCACGACGCGUCCCUGACUUACAUCCCCUGGCCACAACCCCUGGCCACUCUCCCCAGCCCUGUCAUUCAGUACCCGUCCUGCUCCGCCAGCGCCGUGCCCCACAUGGUGACCUCUGUGACCCCCGUGGCCCCCGUGCCCACGGAACACCUCGCGGUGCCCGAGCUGCCUGAGUCUGACCCUCAGGAGAUGGAGGAGCCUAACCCGCUGGAGAAGCUUCUGGAAGAUAACCCCAAAGACUCCUACGUCUGCAGCCCCUCCCUCUUCACCCAAGAGGUGUAAAAGCCUGCCAGAGCCCAACAUCUGGGGGUUGUCUUUUUCUCCUCCUCUCUCCUCAUGUUAUGCUGUAUUUUUCAAAUGGUGCCGCAGAUGGCUGCCUCGGUACUCUAACCGGAGUCAAAUUCCUUAUUUGUUUACGCAAACCUGGUCAAUAAAGCUGAUUCUGAUUCUGACCAUGUGCCCCAACAGAAAUAGUGUUCAGACAAGUUUGUACUAGGAAAUUGGUUGUGUUUUAGGACUAUCUGUUACAGUAGCUUUGUGCACAGGUAAGGAGUGCCUGCUCGUGUUCUUGCUUUUACUGUAAUCAAUGAUGUGUGUCAUCCUCUUAUGUAUGGGGCUAUGUUUGUCCAAGAACAUCUGAUAAGAGAUGUUUGUCCACAAAUCUGCUAUUGAUACAUUGAUUAUCUUGUUGUGAUUGAUUAGGAUACAUUUUUUUUUUCAAUACUUUUUUAGGAUAAAUUUAUUUUGUUCACAAACAUAGUGCAGAGUCUACUUUGUUGAAGUUAUUUCCAAGAUAUGCUUUUUUAUGCCAUGCCUUCUCAUAUUUCUAUUUAUGAAAGGAUGAUGUUUGCAUUAUGGAUAUAAUGUAUAUAAUGUUUCUUACAUCCCUGCUUCCUCUUGCAUGUAUUCAUCUUAGGAAAUAUGUCACUGUGUAACCAUUAGUGCUUAUUUCAUCAAUGAAGUAUCCACCCAACUUCAUUAUCAUCAGUUGGUGACGUCUUUGAAUUAACUUAAA